AUGGCAGCUCAAUCUACUCUCCGGCGGCCAGAAGAUCCCCUGGCCAUACUCUUUCGGCAUUACUCCCAACUACUAAUCUCCCGCGUCCGGAAUUCAUCAAGAACGGUAAAGCUAGCUGCCACCGUUGCCUUGCUUCUAUCAAUUAUUGGAACCACGUAUGGAGGAUAUACCUGGUGGAAGGAUUGGUCGAGGGAGAGGAUACAAGGAAGGCAGCUGUUGCGCAAGAAUUCAGGACUACGAGGGAAGGAUGGUUCAAGAAUAAUAUACGUCCCUUACAAGUCGAGCCUUACCUCCUCCAGUACCUCCAAAGUCACGAUUCACCCUACAAAAUCAACGACGUUUGAUGCCCACAGGCGACUCUUUUUGAACCCACCAAGGGCAGCUGGGCUACGGGAUGGAUAUGGAGGAGCACCACCGCCUUCAACCAAACCCGGUUUGAAUUUGGCCUUUUUACACCAACUACUCAGCUUGCUGAGUAUUAUGAUUCCCCGAUGGAACAGCAAAGAAACCGGCCUGCUUCUUAGCCAUGGCGUCUUUCUCAUGUUAAGAACCUACCUGUCCCUGGUGGUGGCUAGGCUGGAUGGUGAAAUAGUACGGGAUCUCGUGGCUGGGAAAGGAAGAGCCUUCAUCUGGGGCAUUCUCAAGUGGUGUAGCAUCGGGACCCUUGCUUCAUAUACAAACGCUAUGAUUAAGUUCCUGAAAUCGAAGGUCUCUAUUGCUUUCAGAACACGACUCACUCGCUAUGUACACGACCUUUAUUUGAACGACAACAUGAACUACUACAAGCUGGGGAACCUUGAUGGGGCUAUUGGCCAAGGGGUUGACCAGUUUAUUACCCAAGAUCUCACCCUCUUCUGCAGCGCGGUUGCAUCGUUAUAUUCUUCGCUUGGAAAGCCCCUGGUCGACCUUAUCGUUUUCAACUACCAGCUUUAUCGUUCGUUGGGCCCUCUGGCUCUUACUGGUAUCCUCAGCGGAUAUAUUGGCACGGCAUCUCUUCUUCGUAGCCAUUCCCCUCCAUUCGGGAAACUCAAGGCAGUGGAAGGGAAGAAGGAAGGUGAUUUCCGAAGCCUACAUUCGAGACUACUUGCAAAUGCAGAAGAAAUAGCGUUCUAUGGUGGUGCUGAUAUUGAGCGGGUAUUUCUUUCGAAGAGUUUUGCCAACCUUCAGCGAUGGAUGGAAGGUAUAUAUAAGUUGAAGAUAAGAUAUAACAUGUUUGAAGACAUGUUGUUGAAGUAUUCUUGGUCCGCAUUUGGGUAUCUAAUUACCUCACUACCAAUUUUCCUUCCAGCAUGGGGCGGAGCCGGCGGCAUUCUUGAGAUGGCUUCACCUGGUGCAGGUGUUAACCGAGAACGAGGCCGUAUGAAGGAGUUCAUAACAAACAAGCGACUGAUGUUGUCCUUGGCUGAUGCCGGCGGUCGUAUGAUGUAUAGCAUCAAGGAUCUAUCGGAGCUCGCUGGAUACACCUCGCGAGUAUACACAUUGAUAUCCACCCUUCACCGUGUCCACGCAAACUCAUAUCACCAGCCCCGUGGGAGCCAAAUAGAGCUGUAUUCGCUCUCCGAUGUCCAAGGAACUAUUCACAGUGGAUUUGAUGGGGUUCGCUUGGAAAACGUUCCCAUUGUUGCGCCUGGGCUGUUCCCUCAAGGCGGAGAUGAACUUAUCGAAUCCUUAUCUUUUAUUGUCCAUUCAGGCGAACACCUACUUAUAUCAGGCCCGAACGGAGCCGGUAAGUCUGCCAUUGCCCGGAUUAUUGCCGGCCUAUGGCCUGUGUACAGGGGACUUGUUAGCCGGCCUAGGAAUUUUGGGCAAGAUGGCAUCAUGUUCCUACCACAGCGACCGUAUCUGAGCACCGGGACACUGCGCGACCAAGUCAUCUACCCUCAUAACGAACUUGACAUGCGGGAGAGUGGACGCACUGAUAACCACCUAAUAGAAAUACUUGAGGCAGUUCGUUUGGGCUACCUUCCAGCUCGUGAAGGCGGCUGGAAUGGGCGUAAAGAAUGGAAAGAUGUUCUCAGCGGUGGCGAAAAGCAGCGUAUGGCCAUAGCUCGACUAUUCUAUCAUGACCCACGUUACGUGUUUCUGGAUGAAGCAACUUCUGCAGUGUCUUCCGAUGUAGAGGGCCUACUGUACGAACGUGCAAAGGAACGAGGCAUCACCUUGAUAACAAUCUCGACUCGGGCAUCCUUGAAGAAGUAUCACACUUUCAAUCUUACCGUGGGACUUGGUACUGAUGGAAUGAGCUGGGAAAUUGAUCGCAUUGGAACAGAGAAGGAGAAGAUGGGCGUCGAGAAAGAAUUACAAGAGCUUAGGCGACAACUAGAUAACGUUGACUCUCUCAAAGCUCGUCGGCAAGAGAUCGAAGAUGAGCUACAGAGAGUGUGGGAAGAUGAACAAGGAACCGCAGGGCUUGCUUCCGCAACCUAA